AUGAUUGGCAGUAGGGUCGUAGGGUCUCGCGGAAGCAGCGAAGCAGUGCGCCGUGACGACGCCACACAUGUGAAACCCCAGCCACACCUCGUCGAUCGCUGCUUCUUCGCGUCUUGUGAUGCCAGCACGCGACAGCAAGUCCCGGCCGGCAGAAGAUACAUGGCGAUGGAUGAGCCGCGCGACACGCCCAUGGGCGAUGCGGACGCCGUCGUGCCAGACGCGACCACAGCACUGGUCCUCUCCGAAGACGAGCAGCGCGUGCUAGCGCUCUACGACCGUCUACGGGAGCUGCAGCUGCAGAUUGCGCUGCUCGGGGCACAGAAAGAUGCACCCCAUGACCAUAAUGACGACGACGACGACGACGACAAUAACAACCUCGAGGCUGCCCGCGACCGGCUGCUUGAUGCCCGUGCCGCCUAUGUCCUCCGCAAUGAAGUCAUCGACAGCGUCUUGUCCGUCAACCCCGUGCUCAAGGCCGUGCACGGCGCCACGCGCGCGUCGCCCAUCGAGCGCGACCUGCUGCCGGCCGUCGAGCAGCGCGAUGACGCGUCGCAGGCCGUCGCACAACAGGCCGGCGCACGACGAGCCGUCCUAGAAAGGCAUGUUGCCGUGGCUGCCGAGAGCUGCCGGGUCCGACGACAGAACCAGGCGCUCGCUGAGCAGCUGCAUAGGCAGCUCGCCGAGGCCGUCGAGGACGAUAGCGCGGGGGGCGACAAGAACAACGACACACAUGACGACGAACUCACCCAGCUGCAGCAAGAACUAAAGGCCAGCCGUCAGCGCUGGAAGCUCAUCAAGGGCACGGCCAGCGCGGUCGUGGUCGGCAGCGGCGUCGACUGGGCGCGGGACCCAGAGCUACAGAACCUCGUCUUGGACCCAGAGUGA